CCAGGGCUGGGCUAGAAUGAUAAAAAUAAGAAUUUAAGAUAUCCUGACAUCAGCGCUGGUACGCCUGUAUCGAAAGAGUUUCCAAUUCCAUGCAUACAAUAUUACAGCACGAGUCUUGUAUCUACAAAUCGUGUUACUCCCAAGAAGUAACAACUACUCCAAAAUGUUCAAAUACUUCACUGUGCUCUCCAUCGUCCUCGCACCACUCUUGGCCUCUCCAAUUCUACUACCUCUGACAGAGACCACUCUCUCCACUGAUUACACAUCCCGGGGCUAUCUCCUAGCCCUCAAUGCAUCAGCGCCUUAUUUUGCAGGAGCUGGUCCGAUCACCGGCUGUAUGACCUCAAAUUUCACAUGGACACUCGACACUACCAUAUGUGGUCUUUUUGAUGGCACUCGCACUGUAUAUAACAAGAGUAUUGGGAUGUGGAUGUAUACAUUCGGAAGUGAAAAGGGUGCAUGCGGUCUAGUUAAAGGUGGUCGAGUAACAUGUUCGGAAACUGAGGUUGAGAACCAGGGAAAGUGGAGUGUGCCCAACUCUACGAUAUCAGGUGUGCCGUUAUACAUGAUGGGCUGGGCAAACUGGCCAGUUCAAAGGUGGCCGAGCAGUGGAGUAGAUGUUGAUGUUUGGAAUACUUUGGUGGAUAAUCCUGUGCCGGGAGUCUCUUUGGAUGGAUUUGUCAGAUCUUUUAGUGUAAAAUGGCAGGCUGGAUGAUCAUUUCAGAGGUCAAUGUUUGACUCUGGCGUUAGUAUGGACUAGUCAAGGUGGGAGAUAGAGCAGUCUGCAUGAUAGCUUCUCUUCAAGACAGCAAAGUCGGUCUUUUCAUUGGAUUUAUGUAGUUUUCCUUUUCAGGAAUGGGACAGGAAAAAAUGCAUUGGAUAAGGGUGGAGCAACUGUAUCCAUCAUAGAUGUAAUGAGUCAAAAUCUCUUUAGCAUUCCAUAAAUGAUUCGAAACAUUUUCGAUAAUG